AUGGCCGUUACAACUAUCAAGAACAUCACAGACAAACUAAAUGCCAUGUUGGAAGAAAACCUUGAGGGGAUACUGGCAAACGUCGAAAAUGGCAAUUACGAGUAUUAUGUUUAUGGCGGCGAUCACGUCAUGGUGAUACUAGUGGAGCCACUAGUAUUUGUAUUAGCCCGAAUAACUUCGUCACUCUCUACCGGCGAGCCGCUGACCAUUACCGAAAUCACAGAUGGCAACAACUUCGAAAAUACCCCUGAUCUGGUCGCACCGGUAGAGAAUGACGUCAUGUUAAAAGGCGAAUACAGCAUCAUGUCGGUCGAGGAGCACUCCGGAGUUGAGCCGGCCGAGGAAACCGGAGAGCAGAACAGUUGUGGGCCGAACGGUGGGCCGGAACCGACAGAAGCUGGAAAACGCCUGCCACUCAGACGAAGCCGGAUGUCCACGGUGUGGAAAAGAGUGAAGCGCGUCUUCCGCUUCCUGUGCUGCUGCGGAUGCCGCUCAGACUGA